AAUGAAAAACACGAUAUAUUUUGGAUUACUCAUUGGAUCACUACUGAAUGUGAACCUUGCAUCAUUUAAUAAAUAUGCCAAUGAUCAACAAUCCUGUAAUUUUCAUUUGAUAAGGAAGAGAGAGGAUAAAAAAGCAAGUACAUGUUUCUGGGUAGAUGGAUUAAGGGAUACUUCUCUCGAAGAGUGCAAACAGUUGGCAUGUUUAAAGAAUGCCAAUAUAAUAAAUUGGAAUAGUAGUUCAAGAUCCUGUCAAAUAAGGAAAUGUGAGAAACACAAAGAACUUGAUGACUGGGACUUUCAAGAAAGAUAUUCAAUGGCGCAGGAAGUGUACUCUAUUCCAUAUCCAGGUUCACAUAAAUGUGGACAGAGACACUAUGUUAACAGAAUGAAUAUUGAGUCUAAUUCAUCAUCUCAAUGUACACAUAUAGCCCCUCAUCCUCACAUUACCUCACUGACACAAUGUAUGGAACAGGCUUGUGAGGACAAUGCAAAUGUCUUCAAUUACAGGGGUAAAAGCUAUUCAAACUAUGAGUGUUACACCAAACGUUGCAGUCAUAUUCAUAGUACUGGAGACUAUGAUUUUAUGCUGUCCAAGGGAAAUGGUCCAUAUUAUAUAUAUGCUUUAACUUUGGAGCCUAUAGAGGUUACUACGGAAACUCCAACCACAACAACAACCAAAGAAACAACAUCAGGCUAUAUUAAUACAACAGAGUCAAUCCAUUUAUCUACAUAUGAUGCUGCCUUAGAAACAACACAGGGUCAUAUCAAUAUAGAUGCUACUAAUAAUACUAUUACAACAUCCCCAACUGGAGUCCCAACAAAGAGUAAUAUAACAGCUAUUGUGGGUGCAGUCAUUGGAAUCCUCCUUCUUGUUAUUGCAGCACUCAUUAUCUUCAUCAUCAUUAUAUGCAGAAGACGAAAAAAGAGACACAAUCAACCCACAAAUAGUGACAAGCAUACACUUUCUAACAAUUCGUCACACAGUGAUGAAAGAGUUGAACAUGUUUACCUUAAUGAUUCAGAAAGCACUAACCCAAAUGAAACAGUAGUACAUAACUAUGAGGAUAUAGCAUUGGACGAUGGAGCUCACAAUGAAGCAAACCCAAAAAGCAACAUAAGACUAAGCAACCUGUACUCAAACGUGGAUUUAAACAGUAAAUCAAAACACACAAAAAUUCAAGCUGAUAAAGAAACCCCUUAUGCAGUAUCCCCUUUAAAAGAUGUGAAUUCUGCCCAUGAUAAUGUAAAUUCAGUCCAUGAUAUGUUGGGCCAGUUCCCAAAUAUGAAAACCAAUUCCAUAUACUCUAUCAGUAGUGAUGAUGAUCCCCAGUUGCAAAUUG